AUGGCAGAACUAUUAAAAGAGAAGAUAUAUAUAUUUGGACAACAGAAUUUUCCAGCAAUACCAAAGCCAACUUAUAAUGCAGAACAACUUGAUGUUACCAAUAGACUAAUCCUUGAGGAAUUACGUUACAAUAAAUGCUCUCUAUCCAAAGACCAUGAGGAACUUAUGAAUAAAUUAAUAGAGGAGCAAAGGUCAAUUUAUGAUAGAAUCAUAACAACUGUGAAGCGCAACAAAGGAGGUUUUUUCUUUUUAUAUGGCCAUGGAGCAAUUGGAAAGACUUUUAUAUGGAGGACUUUGUCUUCAACAAUAAGAUCUAAAGGAGAUAUUGUUUUAACAGUUGCGUCUAGAGGAAUUGCAUCACUUUUAUUACCUGGAGGUCGAAUAGCGCAUUCAAGAUUUGCUAUACCACUCAAUGUAACUGAAGAUUUAACAUGUUAUAUAAAACAGGGGAGCCCUCUUGCAAGUUUGAUAGUGAAGACAAAGUUAAUUAUUUGGGAUGAGGCACCAAUGAUACAUAGAUAUUGUUUUGAAGUUCUUGACAAAACUUUAAGAGAUAUUCUUAGAUUUGAAGAUAUAUCUAAUUUAGAUCGGCCAUUUGGAGGUAAAACAAUUGUACUUGGUAGGGACUUUAGACAAAUUCUACCGGUCAUUACAAAAGGUAACAGACAGGAUAUUGUAAAUGCUGCCCUUAAUUCUUCAUAUUUGUGGGCUGACUGUCAUUUACUAAAGCUAACAAAGAAUAUGAGGUUAGAAGGUAAUCAUGAAUCAGAUUUAAAUGAUCGAAUAGAAUUUGCAGAUUGGAUUUUAGCUGUUGGAGAUGGUAUGAUUGGUAAUUCAGUUGAUGGAAUUGGAAAAGUUCCUAUACUUGAUGAUAUUCUUAUUAGUGAUUGUAAAGAUCCUAUUUCUGCCAUUGUCAAUAGUACAUAUCCAGAUUUUUAUUCACAUUGCAGUGAUGUAACAUACUUACAGAAAAGAGCAAUUCUUGAUCCUACACUUGACAUGGUAGAAUCAAUCAAUGAACAUACGGUAUCGCUCAAUCAAAGUGAAGGAACAACCUUCUUCAGUUCAGAUACAAUGUCUUUCAGAAGAGACAUUUACAGGUUUGGAACAAGUACAUACUCCUGA